UGUAUAUAAUUAUUAAUUAAUGAGAGUACGAUAAAUCAAUUAAAUAUAUUUCUUGAACCUAUUUACAAACGGAUUGCAUUAUUGUUGGCAUUUUUGCAAAAAUGAAACUAUGACGUCAGUUUCUUUUAUUUUACAAAACAUGAUUCAUUUCCUUAUUUGUAGCUUUAGACAACUAAGCUAAUAGAGAUUUUAAAUUAAAAUCGGUUUAGUUUAAAGUUUUAUUCAUCGAUAGAAUCAAAAAGCAGAAAUGGCCAUUGAAACAUUUGUCUUCUUUGAUAUUGAAACCACAGGACUGCCGCAAUUUGAAAAGAACAGAACAAAAAUAACAGAGCUAACAUUUAUCGGUGUUUCCCGCAAAGAUAUAGAAACAUGCACGAGUAUACCACUUAUGAAUAAACUAUCCUAUGUUUUUAAUCCAGAAAAAAAAAUUCAGUCUGAAGCUGCACGCAUCACUGGCUUGUCAAAUGCAAAUUUAAAAAACCAAGCAACAUUCAAAAAUAGAAUUGAUAGUUUGAAUUCAUAUUUAGAACAAUUUCCUAAACCAGUGUGUUUGGUUGCACACAAUGGAAAUAGAUUUGACUUUAAAAUAAUAAGAUCAGAAUAUAUUGAUGCAAACAAGGAUUUACCAAUGGAAUUGCUCUGCAUUGAUUCAAUGAGUGGCUUCAGAAAAAUUAUCGAUCUAUAUGAAACUAACAUAGCUAGACAAGAUGUUCAGAAAGAAACUCCAAACAUAUCUACGCUGGAUGAAAGUUUGUUAACUGAUGAUGAAGAUUGGCCCGAAAUGAACACAAGCAAAGAAGAUUGGGAUGAUAUUGAUAAAUUGGUAGAAUCAUUCGGAAAUAUGUCUAGUGGUUCUGAUAGACAUAAAUCAAAUAAGAAAGACAGUAAAAACUCAUUAAAGAAUAAAGAAAACAAAGUAUCAUAUAAAUUGACAGAAUUAUAUAAAAGGUUUUGCAAAAAAGAUCCUAUAGAGGCUCAUAGAGCGGAAGCUGAUUGUAUUAUGCUUUUGGAAUGUGUUCUAGCAACAAAGGAGUAUUUUUUAACAUGGGCUGAUAAAAACUGCAAAUUAAUUUCUGAUAUCCAACCACUUGUGCGCAAAUAAUUUGAAUAUACAUAAGAAUGUACACAAUUUUAUAUACGGACUAUGAUAGUUACAAUGAAGAGGUGCUAGGUUCCAUACCCUACCUACUCUCUCUGAUCUGAUUUGUUGAGUUUUUGAUAAAUUAUGUAAAAUAUUGUAGGUAUGCGCGACUUUUGAUAUUAUUUUUAUAUAAUAUAUUAGUAUAGUUAAGUGAAAUAAUUAUUAUAUUUCUUUGCUUCAUUAU